AGCUUUAUGAUCUUAUGUGCCUAGAGUCCUUGGGGGGGGUGCCUUGCCAAGGACGCCUCCGGCCUCUAUCACAGGCUCGGCAGGAUUUAGGUGACACGAAUGGCGAUACUAUGUAAAUGUAUUCACAUAGAGAUCUAUGAUUGGCCCGAUACUUUUGUCCUAGAGACAAGAACUUGGGGUUUGGCCCGGUAGAAAUAAGACAUUCACACUGCGCUAUGGCGCUUUCAUCCCUACCUUAUUAGAUAGGCGUUGCGGAAUAACAGUUUAAUAGGUAGUAAUGAUCGAUUGGGGCCGUAGCGAUGAUUUCACUCUCAUCUCUACUUCCCGUAUGGAGUCCCUGUGCCGUAUUAGUUGAGGUUCUGGAUGAACCCUAUCAUCAUGCCGCCUUACAGCACGCUAGAAGUUCAUAUGGUUGAAAGCUAUGGACCAUACGACUACGAGACUACGAACAAAGAGGCUGUUAGAUACUCCAAUCAUGUAUAUCCCCAGCCUGCCCCCUUUGAAACUGAAGGCUCAGACGCCUACUUCCCGGAGGUUGUUAAUUAUGAGGGAGAAGGACUUCCGAGCGAUACAGCAACACUUGACAAACCACCAGCAAGCCGAAUUUGUGGUCUGUCAAAGCGUAUAUUCUACAUUGUUUUGUCGGUCGGGUUGGUGGUGGUGAUUGGCGCUAUUGUUGGGGGAGUAGUAGGCGGCAUCUUGGGUGGACAGCAUCAUACUCUCAAACAUGCAAACGAUUCGCAGGAGGAUCCGUCCGGUAUUCCGAACGCAAAUAGCACCUCGUCGUCGCCCCCUAAUGAGAACGUACUCAGUAUAUCGAAGUUAGCAUCCUCAAACAUAACGGACGACAAUGGCUACGUGCAUCGAUUUGUGUUUUUUCAAGACACGUACAAUGCUAUUAUUGAGCGAAGAUGGGAUUCGCAGAAUAGAACUUGGAUUACGAGCAACAUCACGGAAACUAUGAAAGGUUCCGCAACGCCGGUGAAUCCUCUGCCCGGAGCGCCCCUGGCCGUCGCGUCAUGCAGCUAUAAUACCGUAUUUGAGACUCAUCUCUGGUUCACCGUCCCGGAUAACUAUGUGAGCGCGGUUUGUCUGUAUCAUGCGGACAAGGAACCGGACGGAUGGGAAUACGAUACUCGAUACACGGGCGCUCUACAGACAUAUCCAGGGUCGCAACUAGCAGCGACGUGGCAACGCUGCUGGAGCGAGUAUUGUAUAGGUAACUGGGUCCUUGCUUACCAGACGCCUGAGAGAGAUAUAAACGUCGCCAAUGCUUCUUACUGGGACAAUCCGAGUAAGGUAGUAGGGGGGAGAGACGUAGCAGCCAAUUCUAGCUUGGGCAUCAUACCUCAGCUAAACGGACUCGGGACUGAUCGACUAGUUCUUAUCUCGGAGACUCCCGAUUCACAGACGAGUAGCUCCAUGCAGAAGACUACGUACUUGAACGAGUGGGAACCUGACGGGCUCCUAAUCGAAGGCUUACCCCCUCCCUCGCCAAACCUACAGUUCGCCGUCAUGCUCAUGGAGAACUUCACGCAGACGAUGUUUCUAACCCUGCGCCCAAACGGCACGGUUAGCGCUCUGUGGUGGGGAGGUCACUUUACGUCUAUACCGAGCGUCGACUUCCGCGGAGGGCCGUCGGUCAACUUUACCGCUAUCUCGGCGGGCGAAGAUUCCGUGUUUUACGGCAUAUCUGGCGACGAGGUCCUGCAGUACGAACCGGACCCUUUGGAUCUUUUCAGCUUCACGUACGUUAGUCGGGUUUAUCCGUGAGUAUCGCACCUAUUGCGGAAUCCAGGGAAGGCUGUUUGUUUUGUGUCGAUUAUACCGGGUCGUAUGGAAUUGCGCCAGGAUAAGGCGCUGGUGGGAUCUUGUCGAUUCCCUUCUAUCGGUAAUUUCAUCUCUAUCCCUUCACCUUACUUAAAUUUUCAAGUAAGGGAGGAUGGUCUACUGAUAUGAAGACGGUAUAAGGGGAGAAAUCUAUGCUACCUUGAAGGCUAUUAUCUGAUGCUCUUCAUUGCCAUUGGGAUAAAGUAGAUUUUAAGAGAGGUCAAAGUUCAAACUGCGGUUACAAUUGAAAUAUUUGUAUUUUCAUGUCUCUAUAGGGGGCAGCGACUGAAAUAUAGUUACGGUACUUAACUCCCUAGGUACCUAUAAUGAUUUAGCACUUCCAUUAUUGUAGAAAUAUGAAUGAGC